GUGCAGCUGACAGCAGAGCAUGAGCCCUGCUGUCUCAGCCGAUGGCUGCGAAUUCUACGAUAAUAGCGACAGGCCGGCUUUUGUCUACUAUCGUCGUGCAGACAAUGGCUCGAAGAUAGAGGUCAAACCACGAUCAGCCCUCAAUGGCCUCUGCUACUACCCUGAAGCGAGUUGCGAGGACUUGAACUUCUCUUGCUGCCAGUUGACAGAUGAUAUGGAGCACUGGGCCAAACAUGGGACGAACGUCAAUCUCUACAGCUGCUUAGUCUGUCUGCUGCUUCCGAUGCUCUGCUGGCGAAUCAUCCAGCGAGUGCGGAAUAGUCGGCAAGAGGGAAAGAGGGCAGUGGAAGACGAUGACUCGGAUGGCACAAAUGAAGAAGAGAACGAAGCUGACGAGUCUUACGAGGCAGGUACUCUCGCUGUCUGCGACGACAGCGAUGAUGACGAGGAAGAGCCUUCUCGUUGCAGGAAAACUGUGGGCAUCCUGACUUGCGUCGGGUUCUGUCUUGCCAUUUCGUUUGAGUGCUACCUGAUAACUUUUUCCGCAAAUAUCACGCAGAGACUGUUGUCUGUACCUAUGAGGAAUUCCAUGCUGGCUGGGGAUGCGUUCUUGGUGCCUUUGCGUGAGAUCUUCCAAUUUCUAGAGGAUGUGGUCACGGUCAGGGUUAUGGCUGCUAUUGGAUCAGGAAACGUUGGCGCUGUCCGAUCUGUCCUAAUGCUGGGCGUCUUUGGAGGAGCUUUUUUUGGCAUUGUUGCGGCGGGCUGUGCAACUGCGCUUUGCAGCUGGCCAGCUGCUCUAAGGUGGCUGCUUGCGCCGUAUGCCAUGCACGACUCUGCCUUGGGCUGUCCGCUGGUUCCGAAGGGUGACGAGGCAGCGGAAAUGGCCAAGCAAUAUCUUCUGUUUUCCGUGUGGUGCUGGCCAGCACUCUUCGUUUCGAUGGCACUGAAGGGCUUCCUGCUUGGUUUGCAAGAGUAUGGCCUCUUUAUUUUCAUGGGCCUAGUACAAACUGUCACACAGAUAACAUUGCUUUACAUUCUCUUCGUUCCACAUCCAUCCCUCGAUGCCCUUGGUUGGAUCGUCUUUGUGGGUUCCUAUAUGUCACUCAUCAGUACACUGGGUAUCUUCCUCUUCAAAAGGGACCUGCGUCUGCGCUACAACCUGACCAUCAACUGUGCACAGGCAACGGAGUUAGGAGCACCUGAGGUCGUGCAGAUCUCUUGGAAGAAGGCGUCACAAGAAGGCUUCUAUGCGAUGCUGCUUGAUGUAGCGGCUCAAGUCUCUGUCACAACUGGAGUCUAUGUAGCUGGUGGAUUGCUUGGGGUUGGAGCUAUGUACCAGGUUAGCGCUUGGCAAGCUGCAUUUCCUCAGUAUGGUCUGCAGUGGAUCUUCGGUGUUACUUACGUGCUUCGCUUGCAGGGCUCGAACUUGGUGGCUGCCAAAGAGUACAAGCAGUUCAGGAAUCUGUUUCGGACGAUUAUGGUCUAUGGCAUCAUAUUGGCAAUCGUUGCUGCUUCAUCAUUGAUCCCUUUCAGAGUCCCGAUCGCAUUUCAGGAGGCUGCGCAGGCCUGUGAGUAUGCCUCUUCCUUGAAUUGUGCCAACAUCUUUGCUUCGGUCUUUGGAGGUGGAGAUACAGGUGGAGACACUUUGCAAGGUUCUGCCAUGCUCCUGUUUGUGAAUACCAGACUCUUUGGCCAGAAAACCACCACUUUGAAAUGGAGAACCUCUCCUCUAAAGAAGCCAACGCUACUUGCUCGAAGCUUCUACCAGCUAUACAAGGCGGGCCUUUACGCCUGCCUCGACUGGAGUUUCAUGGCUUCGACUGCUGUGGCUGCCACGGUUCUAGUGUUUUUUCCAACCAUUUCCAUCGCUAUUUACCUCAAAACUGUCUCUUCAAUCUUGAUUGCAAUGUAUUUGCCGAUGCUGAUGAUGGCAAUUGCUUUUCUUCUCCGAACCAGGCGAAACAUCAAGCGGAUGCUUUCUGGUCAAAGGGGACCCUGGGAGAAAGAGCUUUAGAUUGCUCAGGCAGGAUUGCGAGAUUUCGCAGCAAACACAACUAAGCAAAACCUGCGAUGACGACUAUUUGGAAUUCUCAGUCUUUCGGAUUGGAGCUCAGAUUGUUUUUUCCCCCUGAGAUUGCCGUUGAGGUCCAGGCAAAAGAGUCCUAGGACCUGUUUGUCCAGACUUUUGCCAUGACUACAAAGAUUAGUCUGACCAGCAGUGAAGUCGACACACAGGCCCUGCGUCCUGUGCAAUAAAG